AUCAGCAUCACACUCACAAUCUCUGAGCAAUUAUGCCUCGUGCUGUGAAAGGCGUCCUCGUCGAAUGCGACCCGUCCGUCAAAGCCAUCAUCCUCAAAUAUGAUGAAGAGAGACACGACUAUAUCGUGGAAGACUUGGACGAUGACCGCCAUCUAGUGAUUAAAGAGAGUCAACUUCAGAACUUGAAGGAAAGACUGGGUCAGGUUAGUUUCUCCUCCUUUUGCGCAUUGUCGAGAUGGUGACUGAUCUUUGUCGAUAUGAUAGGAACUCGAUCAAAAGGUCAUGCAGCCCGAGGAGUCCGAGUCGGAGUGAUUUGAUUCGUCAGUAAUAUCGUCGUUUACUUUUCCAAACUUCGAUCCAUUUCGCCCCAGCGAAUCGAUUCUCGAAAUACGCGAUCGUGCUCGGAGUUGGAGGAAUGAGCGACGCCCAUGCUUGCGACAUAUAUGCCAAGUUAUGCUCUGGACAGCUCAUCAUGCCUUCUGGCCGUUCAAUACCGCCAAACUCCCGUAGUGACAGUAUUCCUGGCGUCAUCAUAACCCGCGACCUGUCACAGAUCUUUGAGAACAAUGGAAUUGUCAAGAAUCGAUAGUGACUGGUGGAAACACGGUCUUUGCAAACUCACGCAAUUAAUUUGACUUCGCAGUUUCAGGAUGAGAACUACGUGAUGGGGCCAAAGACUGCCGUUUAAGGUUAAUUGCAUGGCGAGAGGGAUGGUAGUGAAGUGAUGUUUCUCAUGUUGCAUGGACUAGAACACUCUAUGACGUCCUGUAAUUAGUAGUGUUGUCAUGACUUUACCAGAAUAUUCAUGUGCUUUGCUACAUCCAUACUCUGUACAAGUGGUUGG